GCAGCGCCGAGGCCGCCAACGGCACGUGCCAGGGCUCCAACCGCUGCCAGCCCGGCGUGCUGCUGCCGGUUUGGCAGCCCGACGACCCGUCCCUGGGCGACAAGGCGGCCCGCGCCGUGGUUUACUUCGUGGCCAUGAUGUACAUGUUCCUGGGCGUGUCCAUCAUCGCCGACCGCUUCAUGGCGUCCAUCGAGGUCAUCACCUCCAAGGAGAAGGAGAUCACCAUCACCAAGGCCAACGGCGAGACCAGCGUGGGCACGGUGCGCAUCUGGAACGAGACGGUGUCCAACCUGACGCUCAUGGCCCUGGGCUCCUCGGCCCCCGAGAUCCUGCUCUCGGUCAUCGAGGUGUGCGGCCACAACUUCCAGGCCGGGGAGCUGGGCCCCGGCACCAUCGUGGGCUCGGCGGCCUUCAACAUGUUCGUGGUGAUCGCGGUGUGCGUGUACGUCAUCCCGGCGGGCGAGAGCCGCCGCAUCAAGAACCUGCGCGUCUUCUUCGUCACGGCCUCCUGGAGCAUCUUCGCCUACGUGUGGCUCUACCUCAUCCUGGCCGAGGUGAAGGUCUGGGAGGCGCUGCUCACGCUCGUCUUCUUCCCGGUGUGCGUGGUGUUCGCCUGGGCGGCCGACAAGCGGCUGCUGUUCUACAAGUACGUGUACAAGCGCUACCGCGCCGACCCCCGCAGCGGCAUCAUCAUCGGCACCGAGGCCGAGCUGCCCAAGGACAUCGAGAUGGACGGCGGCUUCCCGCCCCCCGACGCCGCCGCCGGCGCCCUCCCGGCCGAGGACAAGGAGCUGGACGAGAGCCGGCGCGAGGUGAUCCAGAUCCUGAAGGACCUGAAGCAGAAGCACCCCGAGAAGGAGCUGGAGCAGCUGGUGGAGAUGGCCAACUACUACGCGCUGCUGCACCAGCAGAAGAGCCGCGCCUUCUACCGCAUCCAGGCCACCAGGAUGAUGACGGGCGCCGGCAACAUCCUCAAGAAGCACGUGGCCGAGUUCUCCAAGCGCUCCUCGGCGCUGCUGGACGGCUCCUCGGAGGCCGAGGAGGACACGUGCAGCAAGAUCUUCUUCGAGCCGUGCCUGUACCACUGCCUGGAGAACUGCGGCUCGGUGACGCUGUCGGUGACGUGCCAGCAGGGGCUGGAGCCCAACCACACCUUCUACGUGGACUACAAGACCGAGGACGGCUCGGCCAAGGCCGGCUCCGACUACGAGUACAGCGAGGGGACGCUGAUCUUCAAGCCCGGCGAGACGCAGAAGGAGCUGAAGAUCGGCAUCAUCGACGACGACAUCUUCGAGGAGGACGAGCACUUCUUCGUGCGGCUGCUCAACCUGCGCGUGGGCGACGCCGAGGGCAUGUUCGAGAGCGACUCGGCCGAGCACCCCAAGGGGAAGCUGGUGGCGCCGCUGGUGGCCACCGUCACCAUCCUGGACGACGACCACGCCGGCAUCUUCACCUUCCAGGACCGGCUGCUGCACGUCAGCGAGUGCCAGGGCACGGUGGAGGUGAAGGUGGUGAGGAGCUCCGGGGCCAGGGGCACCGUGAUGCUGCCGUACCGGACGGUGGAGGGCACGGCCAGGGGGGGAGUCCACUACGAGGACGCCUGCGGGGAGCUGGAGUUCAGGAACGACGAGACGGCCAAGACGCUGCAGGUGAAGAUCGUGGACGACGAGGAGUACGAGAAGAAGGACAAUUUCUUCAUCGAGCUGGGGCCGCCGCGGUGGCUCAAACGGGGCAUCUCGGCUCUUCUGCUCACCCAAGGGGAGGGGGAGCGGAAGCUGUCUGCAGAGGAGGAGGAGGCGCAGCGCAUCGCCGAGAUGGGCAAACCCGUGCUGGGGGAGAACUGCAGGCUGGAGGUCAUCAUCGAGGAGUCCUACGACUUCAAGAACACGGUGGACAAGCUGAUCAAGAAAACCAACCUGGCGAUGGUGAUCGGGACCCACUCGUGGCGGGAGCAGUUCCUGGAGGCCAUCACCGUCAGUGCAGGCGAGGAGGAGGAGGAGGAGGAAGGCCGCGAGGAGCGCCUGCCCUCGUGCUUCGACUACGUGAUGCAUUUCCUGACGGUGUUCUGGAAGGUUCUGUUCGCCUGCGUGCCCCCGACCGCCUACUGCAACGGCUGGGCGGCCUUCGGCGUGUCCAUCCUGCUCAUCGGGCUGCUCACCGCGCUCAUCGGCGACCUGGCCGCGCACUUCGGCUGCACCGUCGGCCUCAAGGACUCGGUCAACGCCGUCGUCUUCGUGGCCCUGGGCACCUCCAUCCCCGACACGUUCGCCAGCAAGGUGGCGGCUCUGCAGGAUCACUGCGCCGACGCCUCCAUCGGCAACGUGACGGGUUCCAACGCCGUCAACGUCUUCCUGGGGCUGGGGGUGGCCUGGUCCGUGGCCGCCAUCUACUGGGCGGCGCAGGGCCGGGACUUCGAGGUGCACACGGGCACGUUGGCCUUCUCCGUCACGCUCUUCACCAUCUUCGCCUUCGUGUGCAUCAGCGUCCUGCUCUACCGGCGCCGGCCCCACAUCGGCGGCGAGCUGGGCGGCCCGCGCGGGGCCAAGCUGCUCACGGCCGCGCUCUUCCUCGGCCUCUGGCUGCUCUACAUCCUCUUCGCCAGCCUCGAGGCCUACUGCCACAUCCGGGGCUUCUGA